GACUCUGUUCCUGUGAAACGUCACUUCAAUCUGUCAGUCAGUGUUGGUCGUGGAGAUGCGCAUCAGCUGCUUUUGGCAGAUUGAUAAGAGUGUUUCCCACUUGCAAUUGGUUGGAACGCGCGACAGGCCCCCACGAACACCAGCUAGCCGUCGUCGGUGAUGCCAUUCGGUCCGAAAUAGUGAGUAACAGCGGGGACGUAACGAAAACACAUUCAUAUUUGUGGGUGGCAGAACCAGAGCAGAAACCGUCACCAUUGAAUUCCCAAACAAAAACCGCGGAAGCGCGCAAGUUCCAUUCAGUGGACGUGCUUCCCAUUGAAACGGAGCAAACAAUGAAGCAGUAAACACUCCUCCACGGAUUCCGUAGUCGACGUCUUUAUCUAUACCAGAGCAGAGAAUAAUUGUGAAUCUGCUAGUGGUGAAUCGUGCGUAUUUGUGAAAAGCCAAUUACCGCAUCGUUAGUUAUAUAACUGUGUAACGUUAAAGUAGAAUAUUAUCCGUAAUAUCCGAGUGGUGGAUGAAUGGUCAAUUGUCCAAGCUGUGGUUCGGGAGGUGAAGUGCAUAGGGUAUGAGCUUAGCUGAGCCACAGGUGCGAAGUUCGAUUCAAGACAAUGAGAACAUUGAAGAAUCAUCAUCAGCGGAAGCAAACGAAUUACGGAGUGGUAUGUUGAUUCGACGGGGUCAAACGCCUCGGACCGUGUAGAGAUUUGGCAACAAAACGUCGUCGGUGGUAGCGGUUUUGAGUGGUGGCCGGGGUCCUGAUUCUAAAUUUAUUCAGUCUUCACACAAUAAGUGCAAGUGCGGAGAUCAAAUUUUAGUCAAAUAAGCGCGCGCAAAAUUCCUUCGUCAAGCGAAACGACUGCCCUUGCGAUGGCCGUGGUCCGGGCCGGAACAACGGAACUAGACGAUGGGCGGCGGGACAAUUCCGGGGUGAUGUGUUGGCGGGAAUUCGCUUGCGGAUGGGGAGCAGCCUUUGUCAACAUCACCGUUACCUAUCCCAUCUACAAGAUGAUAUUCCGACAGAUGCUGCACGGAGUGCAACUGAAUCAAGCUUUCGGUCAGAUACGUAGCGAGGGCAUUACCUAUCUGUAUCGGGGGAUCUUCCCGCCGUUGGCGCAGAAAACGAUUUCCCUGUCGCUGAUGUUCGGAGUGUACGAUGGGACCAAGCGCCCGUUGGUUAACUGUUUCGGAAUUAAUGAAUAUGCGGCCAAAUCGAUCGCUGCUGUGGCGGCAGGUUCCGUGGAAGCGGUGCUAAUGCCAUUCGAAAGGGUGCAGACUCUGCUGGCCGAUGCGACGUACCAUCAGAAGUACAGGAAUACUCACCACGCGUUUAGACUGAUCAUCCUUGAGCAGGGCUUCAAGGAGCUGUAUCGUGGCUUAGUCCCGAUCCUGUGGCGAAACGGACCCUCCAAUGCCAUGUUCUUCAUAAUGCGAGAGGAAGCGGACGUACGGCUGCCCAAAAGGAACACAGUGGUCGCACAGCGAACCCAGGAAUUCUUGUCCGGAGCCUGCAUAGGAGGGUUUAUCAGCUCCGUGUUCUACCCCAUCAACGUGCUCAAAGUGACGAUGCAGAGUCGAAUAGGGGGUCCAUACGAUAGCAUGUGGGUUGCUCUGCGACAAGUAUACAACGAACGGGAUCGUAAGCUACGCAACGUCUACAAGGGCGUAAGUAUGAACUGUACCAGGGCAUUUUUCAGUUGGGGCAUCGUGAACAGUGCGUACGAGCAGCUAAAAAAGGUCUUCUACUGAUCAGCGAUCAGCAGGGAACCCGAUGAAUGUCGGCGGCCGACAGCGACGACAAUAAAGAAAACUCCUAAGGUUUAUAUUUUUCGAUGGGAAAGUCGAUUGUGAUGUAAAUAGGUGUACCUAGUAGCAUGAUCUUUGGACGAUUUUUAGACAAAACGAAAAAAAAAGUGUUAUUAGUUCGAUUGAGGUAGCAAAAUUGUAGUAUUUCUAGUCUAGGGCAAACACUAAAAAAUACGAUUUGAACAAAAGUUCUAUCUCAUAUGGACCACGAACACACUCACAUUACAGACAAACACACGCACGCUGGAGAAUGGAACUUUUAUUCUCGUCAUGUACUCUUAGGGAUGAACACUAGUUAGCUCAAAUCUCCCAUUUUAUCGGAGCUAAUAUAUCCAGAUUCUCGUUCUUGUUCGUUUGUUGAAACCCAGAAUGAGCCAGUUGCAUUUAAAUGUGCUUGAACUCACAUUGUCGUCCCACUAGAGCCAAUUUAGUCCUUCACUCAGUGAUCGUUCCCAAGGUAAAGUUUUUCUCUCCCUGUAAAUAUAUGUCCCUACCAUUCGAUAUAGUGUAAAUAUAAAUCUAGGCUACAAACAAUCAAAUCGAGCUAAUCACAAUGAAUGCGGCGGUUUUGGCCGCAAGGAAAAUUGUAUUGUGGGAAGUACCCGUAAGGUGCUAAAAUCAAAUCGUUAGAUCUAUCUGUUUUACCUAGCCGAAAGAGAAAAAAAGAAAGCACAUACGAUUACGAUGAAUAUUUCUCGCAAUGAAAAAAUAA